GAGCGGCAGUCUGAAGCGCACGCUCGCGUUUGCCGCACGCGGACUUCGCAUCAGUGAAGUGAUGAAGCACAAAUAUACUGGAUAAUAAUUACAGUAGCAAUAAAUUGCGAAAAUGAAAUGUAAAAUUAAUUAGCUGCGUGAAAGAGUAAUUAUGGAAGCAACGUACAAUUCUUUCUUCAAAAGUUAAAAACGUGGUGAAUGUACUUCACUGAAGGUGGAUGAUUCGACUUUGCCUGAAGAACUCAAAACGAAGAAUAAGUGUAAAGAAGAUUGUAGCUCUCUAAUUGUUGAUUGAACAAAUGCUGAAAAAGUAUAACGAAGCACUGUUAAAUCAUCGUACACAAGAUUGUGUUGAGUUAAUUACACUGCGAGAAGAUGAUCAGUGUAUUUACGAUAGAAUGUAUGAAAAUCCGAUUUAUGGAAAAGUUAUGAAUAUAUAUGCUUCAUAUAAGCUGAUAUAAUCUGAUCUUAUAAGUUUAAGCACAUCGAAGAACUUGGUUUUAAAGGAUUUAGUAAUUUAAUAUUAUUUAAUUAUAUGAUAUCGAGCAUUACAUAAUCUUUGCAAAAUCGUGCAAAUUUCAACGUGGUGAUUCACGGAAAUAAUUAGAUGACGCUCUCGCUUCAGGGAUAACGCCUAUUUCCGUUUCCCUCGGAUACUUAUAAUGACAUGUGAUAGAAACUGACCAAGAAAUUGAAUCGGUUGACAAAAUAUUUUAAUUCAGGACAAUACAUAAGCAGAUAAGAGAGAUCCAGAGAGAAAAAGAGACACGAGUGAUAACAUCGAGGACAAGUGCGUUUGGAAUAUUUGUCAAACGCCAAUUGCACGAUCAAGACAAAUUGUUCAAGUACUUGAAGAGAAUUAAUUCUCUCGUUGCGAGUUAAGGAUAAUUUCAGCAGUGCGGAUUUCAGAGUACGGAAUUCUCUUCUGACGCAAGAAGAAGAGAAGUGACGAUCAUACAACGGCGCGUGACUGAUUGCAACUAAAACUGAAUACGAAAUGAUCUGUACGAUAAAAUAAGAAACAGACUCGAUUUCACAAUGUAACUGCAGCGUGCAACGGAAGUGACAAUCGGAGAGUGAUAAUUUCAACGCAACUCCGAGCAAUGCUCCAAGUGGGGGGGGAUAAUAAUUGGCAGAGAGAUCGCUCGUGCAGGAUAAACGGAUAAUUUUAUUCUUCUGCCAUUAUGUUCCCGAUCAAAUUUGCCCUGUUUAUUUUUACAUUGUUCGCGACAAGGGUAUCGGCGGGAUCGCAGAUGACAAAGUGCUGUCCGCCGGGGCACAUCUUUUCUGGAAACCCGAAAGUGGAAUGCGUCCCGGCGCCGAGCAACGCGACGCAGCUUCACGUUCUCCAACGGAACGCCACGGGGGAGUUUCAAGGGCUGCCGCAGUGCGAUGAACCCGAGGACGUCACGACAAUGCCGCUCAAUUCUUUCGAUUCCAACAGGUUCAUAGAGGUGCCAGCCUGUCUCGAGAUAGUUUACGACCAAGAAACCGAAAAGAGCACCGUGACAGUCGUUUCUUGUCGAUCUAACAAAGAUCGGCAAAUGAAAACUAUUAACGCAUCCUUGUCGCAGCUCGCGCAUAUCAGAAAAUGUUGCCCUCAGGAGACGAUAUUUGAUGAACGCACGAAGACCUGCGUGUCGUGGACGAACGAAUCACAGAGCGUUGUAACAUUUCUGCCGAAUGGCUUGGCUGACGUAGAUUUCGUGAUAAUAUCUAGCGAAGGUCCGCCCACGUGCAAAGGUCCGAUCGUCGAUUACAAAAUUGAUCCAGACGAUAUUUUCUUGAGGAACGAUACUUUCUCGGUGAUAGUUCCAGCGUUCAAGAAUGAUGUUAUCGUCAAAGAGGAGUUGCUUAUUAAUGAGGACGACACUUGUCUCGAGAUGAUACCGGAUACUGUAUCUAAUCGAAGGCUGAUAGCCCGCAUUUGCAGACCGCCGGAAUUUUGUGACAAAAACGCCUGCAUCAGAAAAUGUUGCGCCGAAGAUGAAUUUUUCUACGCCAAGGGAUGCAAUAAAUUCGCUAUACCGGAGGAACCUAAGGAAUUUUACCAGGCUUUUGCAAGCGCCGUGAAUCAAACGGAAUCGUCUGCUUUCAACACGAGCAAUGAUUACGGAGUAUUAAUUGGGAAGCCGUGCCGGUAUGACAUGUUUCCCGUGCAUCCGAGUGAAGAGAAAUGGUUUGCGACGUCGGAAGGACACAUUUUAAUCGAAGGCUACCCGCUCUAUCGCCACAACCAAUACUGCAUGGAUAUCUUCUACAACAAUUCGAUGACGCCAUUCGAUCAAGAUUUCCACUUGUUCAUGUGCUUCAACAAUCCAGUGAUACAGGAAAAUCGUCGAAUCACCUUCCGCGUGAACACCGCCCUCGAGAUCGUCAGCUGCACGUUCCUGCUGAUCACCCUGUUGGUGUACGUCUGUCUGCCGAGUCUACAGAAUCUCCAUGGCAAGACGCUCAUGUGCCACGUGGGCAGCCUCUUCCUGGCCUUCACCUGUCUGGCCAUCCUCACUUGGGUCGUGCCCGGCAGCCCGUUUGACAAUGAGGAGAAAGAAACCGCCAGGAUAACGUGCAAAGCAUUAGCCUACACCAUGCUUUUUUGCUUCCUGUCGUCGUUUUCCUGGCUGAACGUCAUGUGCUUCGACAUAUGGUGGACCUUCGGGAUUCUACGCGGAAGUACGAUCACGAAGGCGCGUGGACACCGGAAGAAGUUUCUGCUGUACUGCUCGUACGCGUGGGGCCUCUCCCUCCUGGUGUCGAUCUUGGCAAUCGUCGCCGACAGCACGGACAUCCUCCCGGAUUAUUUGCAGCCCGAUAUUGGAAAUAGGAACUGUUGGUUUACACAGGACUCGAGUUCCUACGGCGAACUGACUUUCUUCAUCGGGCCGGUGACAGUUCAGCUGAUAGUCAACAUGGUGUUUUUCAUUCUCACGUCGGUGCACUGCAAUAAAGUGAAGGCGGAGAUCAGAAGAAUGACUACGGAUCCUGCGGACCCUAGGAGUAAACGGUUUCAUUCCGAUAGGAUCAAAUUUAUGAUGAAUAUAAAAUUGUUCAUCGUUAUGGGGAUAUCCUGGACCUGCGAGGUGAUCUCGUUUCUUCUAAAGAAAUACCUAGAAGACGUUUCCUGGCACCAAACAUUGUUCUACGCCAGCGAUGUCUUCAAUUUGCUUCAGGGCCUGCUGAUCUUCAUCCUCUUCGUCCUAAAGAAUCGCGUUUACCAGGCGCUUCGCAAGCGAUUGGGAUUCGAUAACAAUAAAAAACCGAGCCCGACGUGCAACGCGAAGAUGGCUCUGCAAGACCCGCACAGAGUCAGGAAAAGUGCAAGCACCAGCACGUUAACGACUACGUUUGUGAUCAGCUCGGCGCCAUAAAAAUUCAGACUGUUUAGAGACUGUUUUGUGCAACUUUAAUUCACGUUCAUGUUCACUUUUCUCACAUUUGGACGCUGCUAGUAUCACACUCUUGACAGUAUGUGUAUCACGCCAUAAUGUGAAUAGGAAUAAUGUCAAAGAAACCUACAGCACUUUUAACAUUUUCCUUUGCGUAACAUGUGAUGCCUUGCGGAAAAUGUCUGAUAAUUAUAAAUGGCAGUUUUGUACGUUACGACAGGUAUAACGUAUAAAUAAGCACGAUAUUAAAAUAGUACAAAGCCGUGUAUGUAUAUAAAGUGUCAUUGCGUGGUUAAAUGGAAUGGUUCCUGAUAUAUUUUUACGCUUGUAUGCUUGUGCAUUAAAAAAAAUACUUUGAUGUUACUGGUAUCGAAGGAAAUCUACACUUAUUGAUUUUAUAAAAUGUACUUUAAUAACUUUUCAAACGAGCUCUAGUAACUUCUGUGUGUGUGGAACGGGCUACUCUUUUAUAAACUGAUUCCCAUGUGUACGCAGACAGAAUUAAAUCAUAUGCUAAAAUAAUAUUUUCCAAUGAUCAA